CCAGUCCCGAUGUUUGCACCACCGCGAUACUGUUUCCCCCCUCCUGUGAGCAACACUGGGGCUAGCUGAACCCUGUCGUCCCCGGGUUAAGGUCCCUUGCUGAAAUAUCUACCUAACAUAAGUGUGCUCUGGAUCUGGAAGGCUGUGUUUGAGAGAGGUUAAUAAUGUCUGAACUGUUUAUGGAGUGUGUGGAGGAGGAGCUGGAGCCUUGGCAGAAACAAGUCCCUGACGUCCAAUUGAUAGAGGAUGAUGAUGAUGACGACGAUGAUGAACCCAUCUUUGUUGGAGUGCUUUCUAAUAACCAAAAGGAGGGUAAGCCUAACCCUCCACCUCCUCAGAGAAGCAAUGCGGUGAAACCUGAAACAAAGCGUCCUGCUCCUCAGCUGGCUGUAGGCUCCUCACCCAUAAUGCUGCCUUUGAAUGUGGCUGGAAAUGCAGUGAACACAGCAGCACCAAAUGUGACGACAGUGACUCCCCAGCCUGUUAUUGUCAACAACCAGGGCUUUAUUGUCGCAUCUCCAAAUUUGGCAAACAGAGAUUUUCUCGCCUCUCUUGGGAACCAGUAUCCUCCUGGGACUUCAUUUACAUUCGUUUCAGCUGGUCAGCAGCAGCUCUUUCAGCAGGUCGCUCCAGGGACAGUCAUACCUGCUGCUGUCCACAGACCUCAGGUGCAACAAAUCAGCAACAACAUAGUGACGCUGGCUAACGUCCGAAGCCCCACUGUGUACUCAACGCAAGCUACUCCACUGCAACUCAACCUCUCCAACUCACAACAUCCCCAGACCUUCGCUGUACCUGUACAGACCAAUAACAAUAACAGAGAUCAAAAAUUAGUUAAGCGAGGAAUGCCACCGCAGCAAACAGACAACGCAGCAAAAAGACUCAAGGUUGAUUUUGGGCCGACAAACGCUGCGGUCCCAGUGGAAAAUGGGGUCGAUAAGAAAAAGUGCCCCAAGUGUGAAGAGGAUUUUCUCACACUUGAGGCCCUGAGAAAUCACAUGACGUUCUUUCAGGGCAGCUGUGCAAAUGUUCACAGCACAGCUAUAGACAAUAGUUCCAACAAGCGCAUCAUGCUCGUCUCAGAUUUCUAUUACGGCCGCUUCGAGGGGGACAGGAACAAGAAGGAUACGACAACUAGGUCCAACAACACGUUCAAGUGCCAGAGCUGCUUGAAAGUUCUUAAGAACAAUAUCAGGUUCAUGAACCAUAUGAAGCACCACCUGGAGCUGGAGAAGCAGAACAGUGAGAGCUGGGAAAGCCACACAACCUGCCAGCAUUGCUACCGGAAAUACGGGACUCCAUUCCAGCUGCAGUGCCACAUCGAGGCCGCACACAGUUCCAUUGAAUCCUCAACCAAUUGCAAGAUUUGUGAGCUGGCGUUUGAGUCAGAGCAAGUUCUCCUGGAACACAUGAAGGACAACCACAAGCCCGGGGAAAUGCCCUACAUGUGCCAGGUCUGCAAUUACAGGUCCUCUUUCUUCUCCGAUGUGGAGACACAUUUCCGAAGCGUCCAUGAAAACACUAAAGACCUGCUCUGUCCGUUCUGUCUCAAAGUUCUGAAAAGUGGUCAUGUGUACAUGCAGCACUACAUGAAACAUCAGAAAAAAGGGAUCCAUCGCUGUGGCAAAUGCAGGCUGAAUUUCCUCUCCCUCAAGGAGAAAUUAGAGCACAGGACUUUAGGCCACAAGACCUUCAGGAAACCUAAAGCUUUGGAGGGCCUCCCUCCAGGAACAAAGGUGACCAUUCGAGCCUCACUCACAGGAAAGUCGACCUCACUGCCAACCUCCCCAGAUCGACCUGGCCUUGUCGGUUCACAAACACAAAGUGUGAAUCAGAAAACCAAACCUCCCGUCAGCGUCUCCAGCUCAAGGUCAAACGCCUCUGCGGCAGGAAAAGCAAAGACGACUCAGAGCAAGAAGCAAAAUAGCCGCACUUCCAAGCACAACCUGAUGCUCAGGAAUCUAGCAAGAGAAAACGGAAGAUGUUACACAUGCAUCGAAUGCAACUCACAAGUCGAUGACUUUUUUUGUCAUUACCCGAUGGUUUCAAAUUGUGGAGCGUGCAAAUAUACAACGAGUUGCAAAAUUGCCAUUGGGAAUCAUAUGAUAAGAUUUCAUAGCACCAUAACAAAAAACAGAUUUUUCAAAAUGGAUAACAAGAAGACGACAUCUGCACUAAAAUUGACGCUGGUCUGUCUCAACUGUGACCUCCUCACUGAUGGAUCAGGAGGUGAUCUAAUGACCAGACACUUAACUGACAGACCAAAUCACAUCUGCAAAGUCAUUCAGGAGAAAGCAGAUAUGAAAACCAAAGGACGAAUGAAUUACGUCAUGGGACAGCCAAUGAAAGUCUUGUACCUCAUGUCAACGACAUCAUCUCAGAAACCAAAGGAAACAGACCUGAAGCUAGUGGAAAGUGUUAAGUCUGGAAGUGUUACCGCUACAGAGUCUGACAAACCAGAAUCAGAGCCGAUGUUACCAGCAGGCGAUCCGGAGAAGGGUUCCACAGAAAUGAUUGUGAUUGAAGGUUCCUCUAAAGGACAAUUGGAGCAGCCAUUGCUGCCUGAUGUACCAUCUUCCAGUGCAUCAGAGCAGGUUCUAGCUCUCUGUGAGGAGUCUGUGGAUAAUUCAGAGAGUAUCGAGGUCAGAGAACAGCUGCCUGUCUCUGAGCAUGAGACAGGGGAACAACAAACUAAAUCAGAAUGAAGCUGGAUAUCGACCAAACAUAAAAAUAACUGAAGAAGACUUUAGUUAUUGAGAACAACUGCUUCAUCAUCAAUACACAACAUUUUUAUUUCACAAAUAUCAAACCUUUAGUUUACAUCACUGAUACUUUGGCUGCCACUUAUCCUCUCAACAAUCAUGUUUUUGUCAAGCCAAUUUUAAAGAAAAAAAGUAUUUUAUCAAAGAUUUCUUUUACUUUUCUGUCAAACUUUCAUAACUCCUUUAGAUGUAAAGAAAAAUCUGUUAAAGGAUGGGAAUCUUUCGUUUUCUUUUCUAGACAUUGAUAGGUUCCAGAGAACUCUGUUGUUUUUUAUUUGACUUGUGUAAUGUCAAUCAUGUACUUGUAAUGAUUGUAGCUUAUUUGUUAAAUGAUGGUAUCAUGUUUUAUAUUUCUUAAAAAAGGACAUUAUUAAACUCCCCAUUGAUCUCUAUUCAAGUCCAGUCAUUUAUUGUUGAAAUUUAAAUUUAACAUUCUGUCCAUAAAGUGCAGCAAUCUAAUUUAGCCUUUAAUUUUGAUGAUCCCAACAAGUUUGAGUCCUGUUUCAACAAGUUUUUUUCUUUUAGUUCAUGUUGAGAGAUUUGGUUUGCUUUUUAAGUCAUCAACCACUAUAUUUAAUGAAUUGGAGGUUUUCUUCCAUUUUAAGGCAUGUAAAUCUCUUUUUUGGAAGACAUCUCAAGGCUGCACAAUAACAUUGAAUUUGAGAUAAAAAAAGAAAAGAAAAACAAUGUGUUAUUGAAGUGCAUGCACUGUUAAAAAAAAUCCAGGUUUGUGAUAGAAUUUCAGUAAGUGAUGUGGUUCAUGUUAACUAAAUAGGUACCAGCUGGUUUUGAAAAUCCCAGAUGAACAUUUAUCUGAACAAUCACAAAAUGCUUUAAACUAUUGACAAAAUACAGUAGUACAUGUCUUAGAACUAUGAGUCUCAAAUUGUUCCCCUAAAAAGUCGCGGGGUUAAAAAAGGUUAUUGACCUUUAUUUGAGGAGUCAGUUAUAAUGGUAUAUGUAAACCGUUACACAAACUGAUAUAAUUGUCUUAAUCUUUACUGUGUUGAAGAAAUGUGUACAUGUUUGCUGUGGAAGAAGUACACACCGUCACACUCCAACCUGAUGAUACAGUAUGUGUCAGCCAGUUUUUAUAUCCCUUCUGCUUGUUGAUAAAGUCACUCUUUCCCUUGUAUACAGGGUUCAAAGAGGCAAAUUCACUAUUGCUCCGUUUACUCUAUAUAAUGUAAAUAUAAAAGGUCAUUGUUCAUUUAGUAUGUUUUUAAAGAGGGAUUUCCCUUGUAUAUACAGCAUCAGUAGUACUAAACUGUAAAUGCAUAAGUGUAUAUGAUGUCACUGUAAAUGAAACUACUCAGUCUGUUUUAUUACCUUCUUUAAAAGUGAUCCCAUGUGGACACAUUCCCCUCAGAGAUCUCUACACUACUUGCUUUGUAUAAGUGUUUUCCUGAUUGGUAUGUAAAUAAACCUUUACUACAAGAUG